AUGGACACUGCAGAUAUCAUUCUGAAUGCUCCCGACUCUGAUGGGUCGGGCUCCGGGGAUGAGUACAGUUCGCCCCCGGCCUUUAUUGUCCGAUCAACCGCCGACCUCAGCGAUCUCGAGGGCCAACCCACGCCAGUAGCUACCUCACCUCCGUCCCUCGUUAGUACGCUUUCAUCCGGAUAUGCAUCAACGUGGUCAUCGCGGUCUGCGGGACGCCCCCGUGGAAGCAGCCUUGUUGGCACGCCUGUUUUUGAACCACAGGGUCUAUCUGAAGCCCCCGUAACCGAACGCGACCUGAGGCUACAACGUCCGUCAGGCCCCGCAAGAACACCGUCGAAUACAUACGCACCUCAGCGGCGGCCGCCGCACUUUAUCAACUUACAGAACGAUGGUCGUCGGUCAUCGUCUACAAAACGGAAUGCUCGGCGCGACCCUAAUGCUCAAUAUCGCGCCCAGGAAAAGGCCUAUGUGCAGCGGUUACGCGCCAACCCGCAAGCUUGGUACCAGCAAUUCGGAGACUUUCAGGGAAUGGCAACGAUAGACACGGAUGUUGAUGAACCGUCCCCAUCCUCAGAGAUCCCCUUUGAAGAUGACCAGUACGACCCUGAUAUUCAACUUUUCCUGGCGGGGAAUGAUAAUCAACCGACAAUAGAGGAAUUGAAAAACCCCAAGAACCAGGAACGCCUAGAAUGGCACGCUAUGCUGGCUUCUGUGCUCAAGGGUGAUGUCGUCAAGCAAGAGAAACAGCGAUUGAUUGGGUCUACGGAAACGAGGCGCUCUGCUGCCAUGAAUGGGGAUAUCUGGCUAGGCGUACGGGCCAAGGCAUGUGGUCGGAGUGUUCUGUUACAGAAAAAGCUCAUUGAAGAUGCCCGUGCAUCCUUGGGUACUGUCAUCGAAGAUAUCAUCAACUUCCAGAUCAAAGGUGCAAAGGAGAUCGGUAAACCUGCUACCGAGCAGGUGAAGGACGUCGUUCACAAAAUCAGCCAAUGCCAAGAUCUUUAUCCUACCAGAAAGGAGAUGGAAAUUGCAAACCCCAGAGCUGCUUCCGAUCAGUUCCACGAAAGCUGCGCUGCUGUCUGUGCCUGGCACAAUAUCACUCAACUUAUCAACACUGAGCUGGCUAUUCUACAGAACUGGGUUGGUAACGACGAGUUAGACUUCACGAAGCCAAGAGACAGACCAACGAGGACUGAUCUUUCUGACGAUGGAUCUUUCCUUGACCGGAUUAUGAAAGAAGACGGGUUGAAAACUUUACAGGGCGAACACAAUAUGAUCAUUGGCAUAGGAGAAGUAAUCAACAAAGCUAAAAAUACGCUCAUUGAGAAUGCACAGGCUUUCUCUAAGCGUCAUCUCCCGCCAUAUAUCGAAGAACUGCUUACUCUGAUCAAUUUUCCGUCCCGGCUCAUCCAGGAGAUCAUCCGAGUCCGUCUCUCAUACGCCAGGAAGAUGAAAGAUCCAGCCCAGCAAUCUCCUAUCCUUGUGGACCAAAUGAUCUCGCAGUUUCAGAUUUUGAUGAGGGUUGCUGUCGAAAUUAAGCAACGUUACCUCGUUAUCUCGAAGCCCGAGCCGGGCUGGGAUCUGCCACCAUGCAUCGACGAGAACUUCGAUAACGUCGUGGUCGAUGCCAUGAAAUACUACUUCAGACUUCUUAACUGGAAACUGAACGCCAAUAAGAACACCUUCAAGGAGGCUGAAAUCUUGGAGCAAGAGUGGGGUUUCUCGAACGAGAUCGGUCGUCAGCUUCAAAGCGGUGAUAUUGAAGUUGCUGAACAGUUCAGUGCUUUGACUGCCAAAUCUUUGCAACGACUGAUGAUUCAUUUCGAACGGGAGUUGUCACCGCGUCCAGACGAGGAUCCUGCCGACAUGGACAAGCGCUACAAGAGCAGUUUAGAUUCGACUCGUGUCCGCCAGCGAAAGCUUUAUCGUUUCUCACGCUUUCUUCGGCAAUUGUUCGAGAAUGCAACGGAAUAUAAUCUGGGCGGAGAUAUUGCUGAUGAUUUCUUUGAGGCUCUGCUGAUCUCUGAUCAUUUCCUUAUCACCUCCAACGACUCUGUAGGCCAGAAGGGGGUCUACCUGAUUGCUCAUCACGCCCUUUGGAACCAACAUGUUGAUAUUCAGUCAAUUCUUGGAACUUCUUUUCGCGAAGAAGAUGAUCCUAAGGAUUCGUCAAACUUUCCGUAUAUUCUCGUUAUUCGCCCCGAGCGUCAGCUUUCAUGGAGCGGCAAGGUCAUGGAAGUCGAAGGACUGGAGCACCCGACUGAUGUUAGGCCUGGAAAGCUCCGACUUGUUGCAGACGGUACACAGCAGCGGCUUGUCAGCGCACGACAUGAACUCGCUCAAUUAACGAACAUGAACCUUGAUAUCUCUAUAGAGCAACGCGCCAACCUGGGAAGAGUCAAUGCUGAGUUGAAUAAGAUUAAGAAAAUUUCGUUCAAGUUGUCCAUGACCAUUAUGGACAGUGUCGCUGUAAUCCGCCAGCAGCUCAGAGAAAAAGGGAUCGAAAACACCGAAUUGAUCCAAGCAUGCUAUGCAUUUGCAACCGAAUUCGGAAAACGCUCGUCUAACUACGUGGAUGCGAACAGACGGGCCAUGAACAGUGCCCGUUUGGUAGAACUGUCUCUCGAAUGGGUCUCUUUUAUCUGUGACGACUGCGACGCUUCAGACAGAAGAACGUUCAAAUGGGCGGUAGCUGCUUUGGAGUUUGCAAUGGCAAUCACCUCAAGUAAUCAUCUUCUAUCCAUGGAUGAUGUACAGUACUCUCAGCUCAGAGUGAAGGUUGCUGGAUGCAUGUCGGUGCUCAUCUCUCACUUUGAUAUUAUGGGUGCUAGGUCAACGUUGGCCGCUCAGGCCGAGAACAAACGCUUAGACGAAACACGUGGAGGCUUGAGGAGAUAUGGCGGCGGGGGCCGGGUCCUCAGCGACGAAGAAGCGAUAAAACUCGUCCGUGAACAGCGACUUGGAUGUAUUGCUAUUGUUGAAGACAUACGAGUCGAAGAAAAUUUCAAACGACAGGUUAUUGGAAAAGUAUUGGAAGGCUCUAAUGAGGCGGACAGGUCGCUUACAGUGCUGUCUUCGUCAGCAACUAAUAUCUCACUCCGGUGGCAGCAAGGCCAAUUUAUUGGCGGUGGAACUUUCGGCUCCGUAUAUGUUGCGAUCAACCUCGAUAGCAACUUUCUCAUGGCUGUCAAGGAGAUUCGCCUUCAGGACCCUCAACUCAUUCCUGUGAUUGCUCAACAGAUCAGAGAUGAGAUGGGUGUUCUUGAAGUCCUUGACCAUCCUAACAUUGUUUCCUACUAUGGUAUCGAAGUCCAUCGCGAUAAGGUUUACAUCUUCAUGGAGUAUUGUUCUGGAGGCUCGCUAGCAGGCUUGCUCGAACACGGCCGUGUAGAGGAUGAGACGUUCAUCAUGGUCUACGCUCUUCAACUUCUGGAGGGUUUGGCUUACUUGCAUCAAGCUGGCAUCAUUCACCGUGACAUUAAGCCCGAGAAUAUCCUUCUGGACCACAACGGAGUCAUCAAAUAUGUCGACUUUGGAGCCGCCAAGAUCAUUGCGCGCCAGGGAAAAACGAUUGCAAACACAGAAGCCUUCACAAACGCUGUUGGUGGCAGCCACAAGGAAGGAUUGGGAGGCGCUAAAGAACCGCAGCGCAAGAACCAAAAGACCAUGACUGGUACGCCCAUGUACAUGUCUCCCGAAGUGAUUCGAGGCGAUACGUCUGAAUUAGCCGACCGUCAGGGUGCAAUCGAUAUCUGGUCACUUGGCUGCGUCAUAUUAGAAAUGGCCACGGGCCGUCGCCCAUGGUCGAGCCUCGACAACGAAUGGGCAAUCAUGUACAAUAUCGCACAAGGAAACCAACCUCAACUACCGACUCGCGAACAACUCAGUGAUCUGGGUAUCGACUUUUUGAGCCGCUGCUUCGAGCGCGAUCCUAUGAAGCGACCCACUGCGGCAGAAUUGCUGCAGCACGAAUGGAUCGUUUCCAUUAGAAAUCAGGUCGUCGUUGAGCCGCAGACACCUAUUAGUGACGCUGGAAGUUUGUCAGCCAGCAAUUCCAACCUUAGCAGUCGACACAACUCGAGCACAUACCUGUGGUCUAAAUCGCUAGAUCUCUAG